GGACAAAUUAAGAAGAAGAAUAUAGUUGAGGGGGUAAGAAUUGAGAAGAAUACAAAUUCGUUACUAAAUGUCUGGUCUUCGCCACCAAAAAGAAAAAAGUCUUCUCUUUUUUUCUCAGCAGGGAAGGGAAAAAAUGGAUUCUCGAAAUUUUCUCGCGUUUUCGCUAAGUCUUAUCCUGAUUUUCCCUCCAAUUUCGUCUGCUUCCAUCAGAUUCAUCCCUCGAUGGAGUAGUAGUAGUAAUAGAGAAGGGACAGUGAUUAAGCAGAAGACGAGUGCUUCGUCUCUAGUUAUUGAUCCAACUCGUGUCACUCAGCUCUCUUGGACUCCUAGGGUGUUUUUGUACAAGGGACUUUUAACAGAUGAGGAAUGUGAUCAUUUCAUCAACUUGGCGAAAGGGAAGCUUGAGAAGUCAAUGGUUGCGGAUAAUGAUUCAGGUAAGAGCGUGGAGAGUGAAGUGCGCACAAGCUCUGGAAUGUUUCUUUCCAAAAGACAGGAUGAUAUAGUAGCUAAUGUCGAGGCUAAACUUGCUGCAUGGACUUUUCUUCCCGAGGAAAAUGGAGAAUCAAUGCAAAUACUGCACUACGAGAACGGUCAAAAAUAUGAACCGCAUUUUGACUUCUUUCACGACCAAGUAAACCAACAGCUUGGUGGUCAUCGGAUCGCCACCGUAUUGAUGUACUUGUCCAACGUCAAAAAAGGUGGAGAAACAGUGUUUCCCAUGUGGAAGGGAGCAACAGCUCAACCCAAAGACGAUAGCUGGACCCAAUGUGCCAAACAAGGUUAUGCAGUGAAACCGAUGAAAGGGGACGCAUUGCUAUUCUUUAACCUUCAUCCGAAUGCAACAACAGAUCCGAGCAGCUUACAUGGAAGCUGUCCAGUGGUUGAGGGAGAGAAAUGGUCAGCAACCAGAUGGAUUCAUGUGAAGUCGUUCGAAAGACCGGUGUCCAGGACAACUGGGUGUGUGGACGAGAACGAGAGCUGCGAGAAAUGGGCAAAGGCAGGGGAAUGUAAGAAGAAUCCAGUCUACAUGGUGGGUUCAGAAACAGACCAGGGAUAUUGCAGAAAGAGCUGCAAAGCUUGCUCAUCUUAAGAACCAAGUAACAAUCAAAGCUCUUAUUAAAAAAGGAUUGAAAAUUUUUGUGUGUAGAGAAAAAACCUUUGGUCUAUAUAAGCAAAAAUGUUUGAACACAUACUAAAAAGAAUAAUAAUAAGCUUCUCUGGUUUCAUGUUUA